CGAUCAUCUCCUGUAUGAGACUCGCUCCCACUCGGUUUUCUACAACUUCACACCUUCACUAGGCUGCUCAGACACCAGCAUUUCUUCAGAGUCGGCCUCGCCUUGUCGAGCUCAAUGCUGACGGUAAUCAUCACGCUUGACCUGGACUGCUGCCGCUGGAGGGAAGAGAUCGAGAAGAUCAUAUGCUGCUUCCAAGCCCGAACUGAAUUCGUAUUCGAGAAAGUGGAGUAUGAGAAGGACAAGGUGAUCCUGUCGGGGAACUUUGACCCCGACAAGCUCUGCUGCAUGCUCCGAGGCUGCAAGGCCGGCUGUUUGAUAAAGAAGAUCGAGGUCGUGGAGCCGGAUUGCAAGCCCAAGUUCGAGACAUCCUCGUGCAAGCUGAUACCCCACCCGUGCCCGAACCCGUGCCUGCAGCCUGCAUGCCCGACACCACGCCCCUGUCAUCAGGGCCACUGCAGGCCGGUGGAAGAGUCGGCAUGCCGGUGCCCGUCUCAGAAGGCGUGCCGCUGCUGCCGCCGCUGCUGCCGUGACACCCCGUGCCCCCCAGUCGUCAUCAUCAUCCAGGAUAGACCUGUCCUGCCCUGCGUCAUCAUGUAAACCGGCUCAUCGUGCAUGCCUACGCGCAUCUUAUUAUGGUAUCGUCGUCAUCUCUGUGCCCGACGGGUUUAUAUCGUGGGUGAAACAUACAUGUGUAUUUGUGAUGUAUGAGAUAUAUUUUCUGUC